AUGGGGAGCAUCCCCAGUCCCAAACAGUAGGACAGUAGGUUAGGGGAGUGGGAGUAGCUGGCAGGUUCCUGUUUCCUGCCGGAAUGUUCCCUCCCUCCCCCCGUAUUCGAGUGGCCACAGGAAGUCACCAUGUCGAGUGCGCACAAGAGCAAAAUUGCAGAAUUCCAGAGCAUUAUAAGUGAGUCACAAAUCAACCUGAAAGUGCUGCGAGAGCUCUGCUUCAACGUGAAACAUAUGCACAUUUCCUGCGAGUGAUGAUUAUCCAGCCAGGGAUCGCCAAAGUCAAAUUUGGAGUGUCCAGAGAAGAUGUUACUUUGGAAGAUCAUCCCCUGAAUCCCAAGCCAGACAGUCAGUGGAACACGUACUUCAAAGAUAAUGAGGUGCUCCUGCAGAUAGAUAAGGACGUCAGGAGACUCUGCCCUGAUUUCUCCUUUUUCUUAAACCCCACGGAUUACCCCUGCCAUUUGAUCAUGGACCUGGAAAACGAGUACGAGACUCUUCGGAAGCGUGUGGAACAGACCACUCUGAAGUCUCGGACUGUAGCGCGAAACCGAAGCGGCGUCACUAACGUAAGCUCUCCAUUGAAAUCCUCCGCUUCCAAUUCACUGGGAGACUACGAUCCCCUUCCUAACGGCAGCGAGGCUCACUGGGAGGUGGUGGAAAGGAUCCUCUUUAUUUACGCCAAGCUGAACCCUGGUAUUGCUUACGUCCAAGGCAUGAAUGAAAUAGUUGGGCCUAUUUACUACACUUUUGCGACUAACCCAAACAGUGACUGGAAAGAGCAUGCAGAGGCAGACACUUUCUUCUGCUUUACCAACCUGAUGGCUGAAAUCCGAGACAAUUUCAUUAAGAGUCUGGAUGACUCCCAGUGUGGCAUAACCUCCAAAAUGGAGAGUGUUUACUCCACCCUGAAGGAGGAGGAUGAGGAGCUUUACCUGAAACUGCAAGAGCAGAACAUCAAACCACAGUUCUUUGCUUUCCGCUGGCUGACACUGCUCCUCUCCCAGGAGUUUGUGCUUCCAGACGUCAUUCGGAUCUGGGAUUCACUCUUCGCAGAUGAGAAGAGAUUUGAUUUCCUUCUCAUGGUAUCUUGUGCUAUGCUGAUACUAAUCCGGAAUCAGUUACUUGAAGGAGACUUCACAAUAAACAUGAGGCUGUUACAAGAUUACCCGCUGCCUAAUGGGGAUGUUCUACCGAUACUGAAAAAAGCAAAAGAAUUGCAGGACUCUAAAUAAAAUAGUAAGAUACUGCUUCAAUACUUCCUAAGGGACAUCUGUUCCAUGGGUAUUCACCCUGCCUGGUAGGCAGUUGCCGGACUGGCAUGCGGCCUGAACUAUGAUGGACACAGAAAUCUGGACACUAAAUGACUAACUGGCUUAUGAUCAGAGCCAUUCUGCACUAAAGGGACAAGCAGUGACCAACACAGCAAGAGAGGACUUUCUUCUGCACUAGUGGGAGUGUGGGGGGGGGAGUCUAGGCCAAGAUCAAAAUAGGCCCUGGCAUUUCAGGUACACAAAGGUCCAGACAGGCCACACAGCAGCCCAAACAACCCCCACCAGCCCAAUAUAUAGUGACUGUCUAUGGCAACUUACAGCAGGCCCUCUGGCAUUUGCCAGAACCUACAGAUUGCCAGUCCGGGCCUGGAGUUGGGACCAAAAUCAUGUCCUUGGGAGCUGCAGCAUUGCUUCAGGCAUGUGCCCCUUUCUGCACCACAAGAAGUCUCAUGGCUGCUGAGCACCUAUAUGUUGGCCUUGUCAUGGUCAUCUAUGUAUUCCAGAAGCAUUACUGGAUCUUCAAGCAUGGAAGGAGCUCCUGGGCAAAACCUGAUCCGUACUCGCACUCCUCUUCUAGACUGUUAGAGACACACUGUAGCAUAUCUCAGUUGAAAGCUGCUCCUGGUGUCUCUUGAUAUUGCCUGUGUUAAAUACAAGUUCCACUGUUAUGUUUCAGUACUUUGUAUAUGUUUCCUUUUGUUCCGAAGCAUUAUACUGGGAUCUCUGUGUGUUUUAUCCGUUCUGUAUAAAGAAAACCAUCCUCAGUCAUACUGACUUUAGCAAACUCAGCUGCAGCAUAAUCUGAUUGGGCAGUUCCCAACAUGCUUCUGCUGUCAGCCUCUCCGCAAAAUGUCUCAUACUUGUGUAAGGUAUUGUCAUAGCUGCCAUAUUGCUACUCCUUGUGUAGAUGCAGCGGUUGUAAUCUGGCUCGCCUACUGGGACAAGAACCCCAGCACCCCACCCCCCGUUCAUGUCCCAGUAGAGCUUUCUGGAUAACCCUGUUUUAUCUGACAGUAUCCGUCUACCCUGUUGCCUCUAUAUGGCUAAUGCUAUUCUAUUCAAGGCAGCAGGUGGUUGUGCUAAUAGAAUUAAGAAUUAAGUAUUAAGAAAUUAAAAAGUUCUACAGCAUGUCAAAUUUCCAAUCUGUGUCCCACCAGUUGUGAGCUGCUGUGUAGCAAUGGGGAAAAUGAAAAAGAAAAAGGCUAUAUGACACAGGUUAAACAGUGGAUAAUAUCAUCAUCUGCAGUGUAACCUGAGCCUUUUCUCUUUUGAAUGGCUGCCCCAUUGCUACACAGCAUCUUAUUUAUAUAAAAAAUAGUAGUGUUUCUGAAGCAAACACAGCAGUUUUACCAGUGCAGGGCAACACUGCAUUAUAUUUUUAUUACUUUAAAAACACUUUCAUUUUUUUAUUUUACACAUCCUUUAAAAGGGACCUAGAGAUAAAACAUAUUACUAAACUGUUAAUGUGACUGAUAAGUCACACAACUGGUAAACAAAGUGUUUUCUAAAUAAACAGAACACUCAGUGUUUGAAAUUG